AUGAAACUCAUAGAACACCCACACGUGUUGCACCUCUAUGAUGUAUACGAAAACAAAAAGUAUUUAUAUCUACUACUCGAGCACGUGGGUGGAGGCGAGCUUUUUGACUAUCUUGUUCGAAAAGGUCGCCUUAUGUCUAAGGAGGCGCGGAAGUUCUUCCGGCAAAUUAUAUCUGCCCUCGAUUUCUGUCAUGCCCACAACAUAUGUCACCGAGAUCUGAAGCCUGAGAACCUGUUGUUGGACGAGAGAAAUAAUAUCAAAGUAGCCGAUUUUGGUAUGGCUUCUCUUCAAGUUGAAGGGUCAAUGCUUGAAACUAGUUGCGGUUCACCACAUUACGCAUGCCCGGAAGUGAUAAGGGGCGAAAAAUAUGACGGUAGAAAGGCAGAUGUGUGGAGCUGUGGUGUCAUCCUUUACGCCUUGCUAGUGGGGGCUCUACCAUUUGACGACGACAAUCUCCGGAACCUGUUAGAAAAAGUCAAGAAAGGGGUAUUUCACAUACCACACUUUGUACCGGUCGAUGUGCAGAGCCUUCUGCGGGCAAUGAUAGAAGUGGAUCCUUCAAAAAGAUAUUCGUUAGCGGACGUCUUCCGGCACCCUUGGGUGGCAGGUGCAUCAAGGAUUGAACCUGAACUAGAGUUACCGAUGUCGCAGGUUGUCCAGACAGGUGACCCAAUAUCGGUAUUGCCGCGCCACUAUUAG